GGCUGUAACAAGUACUGCCCAGAAACUACACCUCCCGGCAUGCUCUGCACCAUCAGGCCGGAAGUCGCGCGAGUAGAGGUGAUAGCAGACAUGGCCGCCCGCAUGGGAUGUUUGGUGAGGAGGCUCAGGUCAGAGAUAGUGACCGGGAGCAGAACGCUGUGUGCUGGAGGUGAGAGCUUGUAACCAUGCAACAUCAUACAUUCAUUAUUCUCUAUAUCUAUCAGUAACAGCGACGGUAAACUCACUUUGGGACACACACAGUAAUAAUAUUAUAUUAUACCCCAUAUAAUACAGUAAUAAUAUUAAAUUAUACCCCAUAUAAUACAGUAAUAAUAUUAAAUUAUACCCCAUAUAAUACAGUAAUAAUAUUAUAUUAUACCCCAUAUAAUACAGUAAUAAUAUUAUACCCCAUGUGACACACACAGUAAUAAUAUUAUAUUAUACCCCAUGUGAUACAGGGAUUGCUGGGAUACACACAGUAAUGAUAUUAUAUUAUACCCCAUAUGAUACAGGGAUUGCUGGGAUACGCACAGUAAUAAUAUUAUAUUAUACUCCAUAUGAUACAGGGAUUGCUGGGACACACACAGUAAUAAUAUUAUAUUAUACUCCAUGUGAUACAGGGAUUGCUGGGACACACACAGUAAUAAUAUUAUAUUAUACUCCAUGUGAUACAGGGAUUGCUGGGACACACACAGUAAUAAUAUUAUAUUAUACUCCAUGUGAUACAGGGAUUGCUGGGACACACACAGUAAUAAUAUUAUAUUAUACCCGAUGUGAUACAGGGAUUGCUGGGAUACACACAGUAAUAUUAUAUUAUACCCCAUGUGAUACAGGGAUUGCUGGGAUACACACAGUAAUAAUAUUAUAUUAUACUCCAUGUGACACACACAGUAAUAAUAUUAUAUUAUACCCCAUAUGAUACAGGGAUUGCUGGGAUACACACAGUAAUAUUAUUAUAUUAUACUCCAUAUGAUACAGGGAUUGAUGGGAUACACACAGUAAUGAUAUUAUAUUAUACCCCAUGUGAUACAGGGAUUGCUGGGAUACACACAGUAAUAAUAUUAUAUUAUACCCCAUGUGAUACAGGGAUUGCUGGGAUACACACAGUAAUAAUAUUAUAUUAUACUCCAUGUGAUACAGGGAUUGCUGGGACACACACAGUAAUAAUAUUAUAUUAUACUCCAUGUGAUACAGGGAUUGCUGGGACACACACAGUAAUAAUAUUAUAUUAUACUCCAUGUGAUACAGGGAUUGCUGGGACACACACAGUAAUAAUAUUAUAUUAUACUCCAUGUGAUACAGGGAUUGCUGGGACACACACAGUAAUAAUAUUAUAUUAUACCCGAUGUGAUACAGGGAUUGCUGGGAUACACACAGUAAUAUUAUAUUAUACCCCAUGUGAUACAGGGAUUGCUGGGAUACACACAGUAAUAAUAUUAUAUUAUACUCCAUGUGACACACACAGUAAUAAUAUUAUAUUAUACCCCAUAUGAUACAGGGAUUGCUGGGAUACACACAGUAAUAAUAUUAUAUUAUACUCCAUAUGAUACAGAGAUUGCUGGGACACGCACAGUAAUAAUAUUAUAUUAUACCCCAUGAUACAGGGAUUGCUGGGAUACACACAGUAAUAAUAUUAUAUUAUACCCCAUGUGAUACAGGGAUUGCUGGGAUACACACAGUAAUAAUAUUAUAUUAUACCCCAUGUGAUACAGGGAUUGCUGGGACACACACAGUAAUAAUAUUAUAUUAUACCCCAUGUGAUACAGGGAUUGCUGGGAUACACACAGUAAUAAUAUUAUAUUAUACCCCAUAUGAUACAGGGAUUGCUGGGACACACACAGUAAUAAUAUUAUAUUAUACUCCAUAUGAUACAGGGAUUGCUGGGACACACACAGUAAUAUUAUAUUAUACCCCAUGUGAUACAGGGAUUGCUGGGAUACACACAGUAAUAAUAUUAUAUUAUACCCCAUAUGAUACAGGGAUUGCUGGGACACACACAGUAAUAAUAUUAUAUUAUACCCGAUAUGAUACAGGGAUUGCUGGGAUACACACAGUAAUAAUAUUAUAUUAUACCCCAUGUGAUACAGGGAUUGCUGGGAUACACACAGUAAUAAUAUUAUAUUAUACUCCAUGUGACACACACAGUAAUAAUAUUAUAUUAUACCCCAUAUGAUACAGGGAUUGCUGGGAUACACACAGUAAUAUUAUUAUAUUAUACUCCAUAUGAUACAGGGAUUGAUGGGAUACACACAGUAAUGAUAUUAUAUUAUACCCCAUGUGAUACAGGGAUUGCUGGGAUACACACAGUAAUAAUAUUAUAUUAUACCCCAUGUGAUACAGGGAUUGCUGGGAUACACACAGUAAUAAUAUUAUAUUAUACCCCAUGUGAUACAGGGAUUGCUGGGACACACACAGUAAUAUUAUUAUAUUAUACUCCAUAUGAUACAGGGAUUGCUGGGAUACACACAGUAAUAAUAUUAUAGUAUACUUCAUAUGAUACAGGGAUUGCUGGGAUACACACAGUGAUAGUAUCUUAUACUCCAUAUGAUAUACAAGAUAACUGGUAAGAAAGAGUGUUAUCCCUAAGAUUCCAUAUUUUUCUAAAUUCCAUAUGAUAUAGGGAUUACUGGGAUAAAUUAUAUGCUAAGAAUCAAGGCUGUCUCUCAUUGUGUGGACAUGUUGAGAAUCAGGGCUGUCUCUCAUUGUAUGGACAUGCUGAGAAUCAGGGCUGUCUCUCAUUGUACGGGCAUGCUGAGAAUCAGGGCUGUCUCUCAUUGUACGGGCAUGCUGAGAAUCAGGGCUGUCUCUCAUUGUAUGGGCAUGCUGAGAAUCAGGGCUGUUUCUCAUUGUACGGGCAUGCUGAGAAUCAGGACUGUCUCAUUGUACGGGCAUGCUGAGAAUCAGGGCUGUCUCUCAUUGUACGGGCAUGCUGAGAAUCAGGGCUGUCUCUCAUUGUACGGGCAUGCUGAGAAUCAGGGCUGUCUCUCAUUGUACGGGCAUGCUGAGAAUCAGGACUGUCUCAUUGUACGGGCAUGCUGAGAAUCAGGACUGUCUCAUUGUACGGGCAUGCUGAGAAUCAGGACUGUCUCUUUGUACGGGCAUGCUGAGAAUCAGGACUGUCUCAUUGUACAGGCAUGCUGAGAAUCAGCACUGUCUCAUUGUAUGGGCAUGCUGAGAAUCAAGACUCUCAUUGUACGGCAUGCUGAGAAUCUGGGCUGUCUCUCAUUGUGCAGGCAUGCUGAGAAUCAGGGCUGUCUCUCAUUGUACGGGCAUGCUGAGAAUCUGGACUGUCUCUCAUUGUAUGGGCAUGCUCAGAAUCUGGACUGUCUCUCAUUGUAUGGGCAUGCUGAGAAUCUGGACUGUCUCUCAUUGUAUGGGCAUGCUGAGAAUCUGGACUGUCUCUCAUUGUAUGGGCAUGCUGAGAAUCUGGACUGUCUCUCAUUGUAUGGGCAUGCUGAGAAUCUAGACUGUCUCUCAUUGUAUGGGCAUGCUGAGAAUCUGGACUGUCUCUCAUUGUAUGGGCAUGCUGAGAAUCUGGACUGUCUGUUCAUAUUUGCUGUAAGCAAGCUUUCAGUGAUAACUGUUUCUCAGUUUAUUGUAAAAGCCUGAUUAUUACCAUAACUGUCAUUCAUUAUAUGUGCAUUCUUGGAAUCAGUCAGUAUAUAUUUUUCAUCAGCGAAUGUAUCAUUAUUUUGGCAUUGAACACUCCCCCAUCCACCCCCCAGGAUAUCCACUUCCAUAAAAUAUAUUUUAAAUGAUCUCCACUUGAAGAUACAAUUUUUGUUAAUAUUCUUGAAUAUAAGGUUUUUUUUUUUGUUUUUUUUCUAAAGAAAAUAUUUAGACCAAGAAUAUCAAAUCUUUGUAUCUAGCAAGGUAAUUCACUCCUGCUCCUUCAUGAUGUGUGCACUUUACAAACCUGCAAAAUAGAGAUAUUCCCAGAACAGUUUUCACUAUGUCAAAGCAUAGUAUCAAAGUCUUAGAUAGAACAUAGAGCUCACUGUCUGUUUUGUUUGUACUCCCUAACAUGUAAGGCACAUUCCCAAUUAGAUUAGAUAUCUUUACAUGAAGGAUAUAUUUUAGAGGGUUUGGUUUGAAUGUCUGUAUCCUUUUCCAGCUCCCAGGUCUCCAGCUUUCUCAGACCCAGACGUGCAGAAUCUCCUGAAGAAGAUUACCAGUCUUAAUCUGGAGAAGAUCUUCAAGCCAGUAAAGAAGGAACUGAACCCUCCCACAUACAAACUACUAACAGAAACACAAUAUGAAGAGGUAACAUGACUAAGCCUAACUGAUAUGUAAAGAUUAGUGAACGAUUCUUCCUUUCUCUAAAUCCAAUCUAUUCUCUUUGUGCAGUCUGUACAGAAGGCAGCGAAGGCUGCUGCAGAGUACCUGGAGAUGCCACCAGUUAUGAGUGAGCGAGAGCCAAUAAAUGAUAUUUUGGCUGAGGAUGAGAUUCUUCGCGACCUAGAAACUUCUAAAUAUGUUUUCACUGAUAUAACUUACAGUACUCCUCACCGCGUGAGUAUCUACAACUGUUGUCCUUCCUACACAUCAUUAGUACAAAUUGCUUUUGAUAUUGAUUGCCAUAGUUAUAUGCCCAGGUUAAUGCCAGUGACAACAGAGACAAGUACUAAUGAAUUCUCUUCCAAUUUAUGUAUAUAAGUUUACAAAUCUCAAUGAAGUGCUUUGGGUGCCAUGUCCCCCCUCGUUUUAAUCCUGCGCUGUAAAAUAUUACCAUACUACAGGAACGCAAUGCUUUAUUGUACGGUCGAAAUGAUUCCAGUGGCCGUCAUACUCAUAGCACAGUAAUUCAGCUAUUUCUAUCUGAUUGUCUCAUAGAGAAUAUCUGAUUGGCAGAGAGGGGGGUUUUGCCACACAUUAUUUUCUUUUGGGUAGAGCAUUGGAUUGGCUGUGAUCAUCAAUCCUGAUGAUUACAGGCAAGGAGACAGGAAGGCAGUGUGGAGACUAAAUGAGACUGAAAUGUUUAACAGGGCACUAUAGCACAUUUGUAAUCCUACGCUAUAGUGUUCCUUUAACAAAAUUAAAACUUGUAUACUUGAAACCUCUUCAGAUUUUUAUCACUGUGUUAGUAAACCCACUUUGCAAAAUCAGUGAGUGGCCAUGUUCUACAGUGGUGAACUUAUGUACUGUGUAAUGGAAAUAACCACAGAAAAUAUAUCUAAUUUUACACUGACUGCCAGGGUUGUAAUUUUUUCAUAUAAUCAAUAAGUAAACCCCCUUUUAUGUACCUAGAAAAGUUACUCCAACCAAAAAACAAUGUUUUAAGAAUACACGAUCUUUGGUUAGAACCCUUCUGUGCUGGUCCAACUCUACCUCUGUUUCAGUGCUCAGGCCAAGUUCCCCCUGCAGCUUGGUCGACCUUCGCUAAUGGUGAAGUGACACCUCUGGCAGCAGAGGAUAGUCCCUGUAUGUGUCGCAUUCCACAGUGAAAGACCGCAAAUACACACUCCAAGCGCCAUGACCACUUCAAAUCACUGAUGUGGUUGUGGUGUAUGAAGUAACAUUUUAAGCUAAGUGAGUAGCCACAAAACCAAAAUGAGCGUUAUUUACAGCAAGGAUACUGUCCACUCUGGUCAAGCAGACUUCUAUAAUUGCAUCGUGUUAACGUGGUAGGUUAUUUCGGAAAAAGUUGGUUAUUUAUCACCUCUUGGCUGUAGGAGAGGUUCAUUGUUGUGCGAGAGCCAAAUGGAGUACUAAGGAAAGCUACAUGGGCUGAGAGGGACAGAAUGAUCCAAGUUUAUUUCCCUCAAGAAGGACGCAAAUUGGUUCCACCACCUGUUUUCCAGGAAGAGAACAUGCAGGUAUAAAAUGAAUUUGGAAUAAGGUAGUAAUUGUUACACAAAUGCUGUGUAAUUUAGAUGGAAUAUUAUUUGUAUUUUUUUUUCUGUUACCACAGGUUAUGUUCCAGCAGGAUCGUCAUGAAGAGCUUCUAAACCGUUGCCUGGUCCAAUUUGAUCCAGAUUCUCCGGAAUACAUCAGAGUAAGUUCUCACCUCCUCAUUCUUGUUUAGAAAUCAACUUGAUCCAGGUUACAGCAAAGUGAUUUUCUUUCUUCUUUCAGGUUCAUCAACAGACAUAUGAAAAUAUUGAUCAGCAUGGCAAGUAUGAUCUACUGCGCUCCACAAGGCACUUUGGUGGCAUGGCUUGGUACCUGUGCCGCUUGAAGAAGAUAGAUGGACUUCUAAUAGACAUGAUUCAGAGAGACUUGUGAGUAUAUAAAUACAGUGUGUCCACCCUAGGGAAAUUUUCCUGAUACAACUGUUUUGAUAUUGCUGCAUUAUUUAUGUAUACUCUGACUGCAGACAUAACUGUUGGGCUACCAAUAACAAAGGCAGACUAUAGGAUUUUGAGUGAUGACAUUUUGAUCAUAUCUUCACAGUAAUCCAAGUUUGGAUGUUGAGGGAGGUUGUGAGGUGAGCCCUGCUGCUACCUGAGAAAUCAGAGAUUACAUGCUUCCUGCUAGACACCAGGGACAAUGUUGCUGGUCUCUGUUUACUCGCCUUGACUCAUUGCUGAUAGGUGAGCAGCAGGAAGAAGAAGAGAGGGUGAAUAAUUUGCUGACAAGUGUGUGAUUACGUUAUGAAUAUGUGAGUGAGUGGCUAGUUAUGGCAUUUGUGGCUCUGCAUGUCUGUGUACACAUAAAUAUGUGGAGGGAUUAAUUGUGUGUUCUUCACUUAUUAAUGAAAACUUUUUUGGGUUCUAAAUUCCAGGGAAACGUGUUAAAGCUUAUGGCUCAAGUCACACACACAUUGGAUAGCAUGCAUAUACAUUUGUUAUUCUUUUAAAAUAACAUAUAGUCUAACAGACACAACAAAGGUAGCAAUAUUAUAGUAUGGUAAGAAAACAUGACGGCUGAUGUUAGCAGUAUUAUUUUAGACAACUGAUCUCCAAUGUGUUGUAAACACAUACAUCAUAAAGCAAAUUUUAUAGUCAUAUUUAUUUAUUUGUAUUUUUUUUUUUUUUUAUGGAUAGUGCUACCAAUAUGUUUUUUUAGCAAUUGGAGUACUGAUCAUUCUUAGAUGGCAUAACCUGUAAUUUAUGUGAGUAAGUAGUCAAAAUAACUAGCUGCAUAUAGGCUUGAAUAGCCUGUUUUGGGUCCUGCUUUCAAUAUUCUGAGCCCAAAGGAUGUUUGACAAUUGCAAUAUAAAUGGAAAAAACAAACAUGACUCCAAUACAGUAAUAUAGGACAGCUUAUUAGUGUGUGACAGUCAUUCCCUUUGAGUAGCUCAUUCGAUGGCAUACUGUCUUUAUUAUUUUUUGUCUUCGCAUAUACCUCCAUUAUAAAUGUCUGCACAUGUAAUUUUUUUUUGCAUGACUAUACCUUACUGGCAUUAGCAACUGCUGAUUGCCAUUUUUGUCUAAUUUGAAGUCUAUAACUAUUUCCAAAUCCUUCUCAUGUGCUAUUUUCACUAACUCGCUACCAUGGGCUGUAGGUUGUUUGCACAUUUAUCUACAUUAGAAUUUUAUCUUCCAUUUCAGUUCCCUAAUCUAUCUAAAUCCCUCUGCAGCAAUGUAAUCUCCUGUUUACAUUGUAUUACCACCUAGUUGUGUGUCAUCUGCAAACACGGACACCUGGCAUUCAAUGCUUAUUUCAAAAUCAUUUCAAAAUAAAUUGAAUAAAAGUGGUCCCAGAAAAGACCCUGAGGGGGACACUACUUACCACCUUUUUCAAGCUCGAAAGUUUACAUUAAAGGUACACUCUGGACACCAUAACAACUUCAUCACAAUGAAGAUGUUAGGGUGCCAGAAGCCACAUGGUGCUUCAUUACCUUUAGGGGUUAAAUUGUUGACAAAUAGUUUAACCCCCUAAGUUGACUUUCCAGUGCCAUUCCUCCCUGUAACUGCCUACAUCCCCUUUCUCUGGUUCUGAUCCAGGAAGCAUGGCCUGCUGACUAAUCAGCUUAGAAUGGUCAGUUGAUGCUUUAAGCUAAUCAGUAGCUUCCCAUUCAUUAAAAGGUAUGCCCCCCUUUUUUUUUUAUUUUUUUUAUUUUUAUUUAUGAAUGGGGAGCUUUUGAGCGUUAGGUUUAACUGCUAACGGUAAGGAAUCACCGGGAGCUUAAUUUUGAUUAUGUUAUGGUGCUCAGUGUUCUUUUAAUUGCAACACUCUAUCUUUUAACCAAUGUUCUGUCCAAGAACAAGAACGUUUAUCUAGACCAAUUUCUUUUGAUUUGAACACUAACCCAUUGUGUAUGUUAGUUAAAAUAAUUUACUCUGCUCUGUACAGAAUUUAGUCACAGGGAGAAAUGUCUUGGAAGAAAAAGAAGUUCAUAUUGUGGUAUGGUUAGGGGGAAAUGGAAUCAUGUAACAGUACUUAGUUAAAAAAAAAAAAAUGAUCUCUCCAUAAAAUAGCAUACAAUUGGAUAUGUUUUGGAAGAGUUCUAAUAUGCUUGCGGUGAUUCUUUGAUUUAAAAAAAAAAAAAAAAAUACUUAGAAUAAGUAAGCCACGUUGCUGGACAGCAUGUAAUUAAUGUAUUGUCUGAAUUAAUUAGGGGGGAGGAGGGCUAGCAAAGGCUUUAGACAAGAUUUUGGAAACUGCAGAUUUUGGAAGCUGUUUUUUUUAAAUAAACCCUCAAUGAGAAAAUGCAUGUUUUGGUUUGGGGUGUACAGUAUAUACCAAACAGUGAUUUUUAUUUUUAGUGUAUUUGGGCAGUGGAGUCCCUUUUAAGUUCAAGUAACAUUUAACAAUGUGUGUUUUUGUUAGGAUUGAGAAUUCAGACACCUUAAUCCAGUUAUAUAACAUUCUACAUCCAGACACACUGUGUGCGAAGGAGUCACAGGGAGCUGAGGGUGCCAUGUUAAUUCAGGUGAGUUCUGUUUUUCAACUACUCUAUUUCAAAUGAUUGAAGACCUAAUUUUUGUUUAUAUGUAGAACUGCCAUGUAUAGUAUUCCUCUCUGGCCCAUGUGUGGUUGAAACAGAGAACAUUUACGUUGCUUAAAGGGACUCUCCAGUGCCAGGAAAACAAUCAGUUUUCCUGUCACUGCAGGUCCCUUCUCCCUCCCACCUCCCAUCCCCAGAUGCUGAAGGGGUCAAAACCCCUUCAGUGACUUACCAGAGGCAGAAAAAGACUUAAAUGCCAAAUGGCAACCUCCCUUCCUAAUGACUCUAAAAUAAAUACUGCAGUUCACAGGUUUAGACUUUAAUAUAAUCCUUAGUGGGUCAAUAUCUUUGACUGCAGAUUAAUAUUGAAUAAACAUGAUAAGAGAAAUUAAAUGGACUUGCUUAUAUCAAGUGGAAAAAAUUAUGAAUAAACUAUUCUAUACCACUACUUAUUCAUAAUUUUGGGAUAUAUAUCCCCUCAGUGGAAAACUUCACCAACUGGUAGAAAAUGUAGUGAAAUAUAGUAAUCACAUCACAUUACUACCUGCUUAGACACUGGAUACUAAGUGAUUCAAAAAAACAAUAUCAAAAUAGUUAACACUGUAUAUAGAAUGUCUCCAGAAUAGUCCUGUGGAUAUAAUGUCACAGGAGUAUAUCUAUAAAAAUAGAAAAAUACAAUGAUUAACUAGACAAAAUGUAUCCAAAAUGUGACUAUAGCAAUAUAUACCACAUAUUCAAAGAUAUAAAGCAAAAAGAGAGGUGAAGUGAAAAGUGAAAAACCGUGCUAAAUGUGCAGAACCAUACUUAGAAUGUUGGUUCCCUGCACAUUGUGACAGUGCCCUAAAAGUGAAAAUAUGAGGGGAGAAAAGACCCCCUUCCUCCCCCCCCCAUCCACCCCCAAAUAAACCUGACGCACGUUUCGGUGUGCUUAUGAAGCACCUUUGUCAGGGGCUGAAUCCAUACUGACCGGCGGGUCCCUCUUAUAAGUACAUGCACUUGCUGCAAAAGUAUGUGUGCACCAAUCAGAAGGCAGAAAAAUUGGCGCCAAAGUGCCGGUAUUUUCUUAUGUUAAUGAGGUUUACGAGCAGUCCAAUCGGAUAUCUGCUCAGGAUUAAGCAAAGAAGCUCAUUGCUAAUUGGCGCCAAAAAGGUGCCGGUAUUCCCGCAUAUUAACAGGGUUAAUUAGGCAAAAAGCUCGAUGCUAAUUAGUGUCUAGAAUUAACCCCUCAUGGGGAGGUACGUUAUAGCCUUCGUAGCAAUCUAACAUACAAUCAUCAGAUACAUGAUGAUACACAUCAACAUAACUCGAAGAUUAAAUGUAUAAUGACAAAAUCCCAUAUUGCCCAUACUUAUCUUCAAGAGCAUGGAUGAUAGUGUAUAAUAUUAUCAUAGAUUGUAAAUAGUUCCAUAUUAACCGGACGGAAUGAAAUGAACGGUAAACUGUGAAUAUAUAUCGCUAUCACUAUAAAUCAUGCAAAAUAAAUUGUUCCAUUACAUUUAUGUUUCCGUGAACAAAUAUAGCAUUAUUAGCUGUUGAUAAUAUUAACCUUUUACCAGAAAAAUACUUUUUUAAUAUAACAUAAAUUCUGAGUUGCCAAACAAUCCUGCAUUAUGAUCCAUAGUAAAUUAUCAUGGCUUGAGCGAUUUAUUAGUAAUCUCACAGCCUAAUAACAAUACACAUAGACCCAAAAUAAUGUCAGGCUAGCAAGUCCAAGCUUAUUCAUAAGGGCAAUAAGAAAGAUGGUAAACACUCCAUAUCAUCUAUAGAGGGGUAAAAUACCCUAUAUAAAAUUAGCUUAAUAUUCAAUGGCUAGAGGUGAUAAAUAGCUGACUCAUAUAUCUGAAAAGAAAGAAACGGUCCCCAAUCUUAAGGGAACAUAAACCCAGUCAAGACAAAAAACAUAAAUGGUUCCCAAUUUAAUUUUAAUAUGUUGUUCAGCAUUUAGUCCUAAAAUUAAAAGAGGCAAAAGGACAGCUUCUUUCUCCUUUCUGGCUUUUAUAGAUCAAAAAUACUUAAUACAAUCUAAUGUCCUGGAAACAAAACGGCAACAGAUAUUGUCAAUUUAAAGUGACCGUAUACUAUGAGAAUAUGAAUCCUAAUAAAUAGAAUUACACUUAUAUUGUUUUAAUCGGAGUUCAUAAAUAAUUCCCAACUUAUUAUUCACAUACCGUUCGACAUUCAAUCCUGCAAUCAAAUGGGGCACUAAAACAGCUUCCCUCUAUAUCAAAAACCUUUAUAUACCCUAAAAUGGGCAGCAAUGGGCAUGAAUUGACAUGGACCCUAAGGAAUAAAGAAAUUAAUACUUCCCCUAUGUGCUUAAUUUAUUUACAAAAUUAUAUAAAUAUACAAACAAGCGCUCAAUUAGUAUGAUGGUGAACUAGUCAGAAAUAAACAAAGAAUAUGAGAAACCUUCAUUAAGGCCCAAAGGAGACAAUGUCUUCAAUUUAUAAAUCCAAUAACUCUCUCGUAAGAGUUUUUUGUCUAUGUCUCCUUUUCUUGGUCCCAUUUUAAUUUUUUCAAUUCCAUUAAAUCUUAAAGCCUGCGCCGAACCGCCAUGUUGGACUUUCAGAUGUCUCAAAAUUGGUGUAUCUGUUUGUCUGGUCGGAUUUACAGAGUUUACAUGCUCUAAAAUACGGGUUUUAAAUGGUCUAAAAGUCUUACCAACGUAUUUUGAAUUGCAGCUACAGGUAAUAAGAUAAACCAGUCCCUCUGUCUGGCAAUUAAAAAAGGACUUUGUUAUAAAGGAUUCUGAAUUAGUUGAAUUGGAAAAAGUUUUAGAUUGUUUCUUAAUAUAUUUACACGCUUUACAGCGACCACAUUGAUAAGUCCCCACUGCGGAGGAUUUUAGCCAUGUAUUCGUCACUUUAUUAGUGGUCAAAUGACUAGGUACCAGGAUAUCUCUGAGGUUUCAACCCCUUCUUGCUGUAAGAGAAACAUGGGGAGUCAACACCUCUUUUAAAUGUAUAUCCUGGUACAAUAAUGGCCAAAACCUUUCUACCUUAAGCAUUAAACUAUCUGGCAAUGGGAAGGUAUGGCUCUCUCCAGUUAGUUUAACCUAAAUUGUUGGUAAGACUUUUGCGCAAAUCCUUUUCACCUGCAACAAUCUUAUUCACUUCCUGUUAAUUUACAGCCCUACAAACCAACCCAUAUCAGAAUUAUGUUACUGACCAAUUUGUUCAGGUGUAGAUUAACAAGAAUUUAAUUUGUGUUUGUUGUAGUUGAAAAGGAUUUCUGCACAAGGUCUAAUAUUAGUUGAUUACAAAUUAUUUAGUGAUUAUACCCCUCUAGGACUGAGUGCUGGAGACUGGGAAGGCAAUUUUAAUAAACUGAAACCAUUGCCAUGUUUGCAGAAGCCAGUUUUUAAACAUGUGACAGAGCUGACUUUCUUUCUGAAAAUCAUAGGUGUUUUUUUUUUUUUUUUUAAAUUACCCCAUUCUGAGGUUGACAAUAUCUGCAUGAUUUAUAUAUUUAGUUGCAUCCACAUAAUUUAUUGCCUGUGAUUUUGAACAAUUGUGCCUUAUAAUAAUAAUAAGCACUCUAUUGGGUAUAGUCUUUCAUACUAAAAUGUCACACACUAGACAUGUACAGAUGUAAGAUUUGUUUUGUCCAUAAACUACUCAGUUUGUAUGAAUCAAAAUCAUUUUAAUUCAUGCAUGAAUGAAUUGAUUUGUCCAGAAAAUAAAUUAAUGGCUUAAUUCCGAUGUGGCUUAAAAGAAGUUUGAUUUGGAUGACUUGAUUUGUUUAUGAACGCAAGACAUAUUUGCACAAGUCUAAUGCACACCCACUGGUAUGUUGUCUGUAUUUGACUAAAGUUUGUACUUUAACUAUCUUCAGAUCUUUUUGAAAACGGAGGCUCGGAAGCCAGGCUAUAUAGAGUUGGCUCUACAGGCAUACCAAGAGUCUAAAAUCAGCACGACUUCAUCGUGACAAUGCUGCUGAUGUUUGUCUGAAAGAUUUGUAUUCAUAGAGAAGCAGACCUUACUUGUCAUGAAUUUACACCAAAGAGGCUGGACUGGGUUGUUUUGCAUCCAACAAUGAAUGUGUAACUGUUUAGUUACGCUGCCUAUUCUGGAGUCUGACAGUGACUGGUAUUGCCUAUGCCCUCUGUAUCUGUAAGGAAAGCCCACGUGUGGUCCUUGGUUAUAAAUUGACUGUUAUCAAAUAACAUUAUCAUCUAUAUCUUCCAUUUCUAAUAAAAUGUUUACACUAAAAAUAUGGUUCUUUUCUUGUCUCGGUUCACUAAUUUUCUAAACUCAAAGGAAAUUUAAAUUCAAAGAAACAUUCCAUUGCCCUACAACACAAGGCUAAAAAUUGUCAGUCAGUUGUGAACAGAUAUGUAAUGCCCAAUUCUUACAGUACAGCAAAAUAAAGGCCUGUGUAUUUAUGUCCAUGUAUAAGUGGGGUAAUAAUUGUCUCCACAGGCUCGGGUAUGUCCUUUAAAAAUAAAAAAAUAUAUAUUAAAUGCAUACAUCAUGUGACCAAAAACCAUGCAGGUAAGUGUGUCAGGUAAAUGUGUGUCAACGCUGACAUCAUGUGUAAGCGCAAAGCAUCCACAAAAUGUAUGGAGACAAUUUCACACUUUCAUAUGGUGUCAGCAGAUUAAUUGUGCUUAUAACUAAACUUGUCCACCCCUAUUAGCAAGGGUAAGCCAGUAAAGAUACUGAAAAGGAGCAUUAUAAUACACACAGAGCUAAAAUACUUGUAAUUUUUUAGUAAGAGUUUCACUAACCACAUGUACAGACUGAAAGAACCCUCUCAAAAUAUUGGUUUUAUUCUUGUAUUUCAUGUUGGUUCUGCGAUUUAAGUUAAAUAUCUUCACUUGGGGCAGAGCUUGACAUGAAGCGAGCGAACCGUGGAAGCGAGCUACUUUUCGGUCAAAAGCAGGAGAUCCCCAGAGCAAUCCAGCUUGUACGAUAUUGUUAACAACACCACCUGAGGUAACUUGCUGAGGUACGCUACCGGACUGCUCCGCAACAGAGCCUGCAACACUGAACUAGGCCUGCAGCAGAGCUCAGGAGAGACAACCACUCUCCUUGCUCCAAAGAAUAAGUAUCCUAGUCUGCGCUCUACCCCUCCCUGGACUGGUGUGAGUUAUCCGGUCUACUGGCCGCCAACCCGCCAGUCUUUCAAAGUACGAGGAUAACACCAGCUUGUAAGCGUGCCCAAAUCAAGAUGGCUGAAUGGCGCCUAAGCUUGAUCAGGACCUGAUGCAGCUUAAUUUACUGACACGCUGGCUACUUAAGCUGUAAUGAUCGCUGGAAGCUAUAUUUGAAAAGUUUGGGCCAAGCUGAGGAGCGCCUUAGGUAACCCCUUACCCGCGGCCAAGGGGAAUCAGAGGAAAGAGCAGGAAAGCCCCCUUCGAACUCCAGCAUCUUUACCUCCUGUCUCACCCACCAGCAGCGCUUCCCUGGACUGAGGGCCACCAAGGGCUUGCCGGAAACACAGAUCCACGUAAGCAGAGUCCACAUGAACCACCAUCACAAAGACUUGGACUCACAUAGCCCCCAAAUACAUAAACUGGCCUGCGUUUGGUGUGCUUAUACUUGACUGUGCUUAUGAAGCACCUUUGUCAGGGGCUGAAUCCAUACUGACCGGCGGGUCCCUCUUAUAAGUACAUGCACUUGCUGCAAAAGUAUGUGUGCACCAAUCAGAAGGCAGAAAAAUUGGCGCCAAAGUGCCGGUAUUUUCUUAUGUUAAUGAGGUUUACGAGCAGUCCAAUCGGAUAUCUGCUCAGGAUUAAGCAAAGAAGCUCAUUGCUAAUUGGCGCCAAAAAGGUGCCGGUAUUCCCGCAUAUUAACAGGGUUAAUUAGGCAAAAAGCUCGAUGCUAAUUAGUGUCUAGAAUUAACCCCUCAUGGGGAGGUACGUUAUAGCCUUCGUAGCAAUCUAACAUACAAUCAUCAGAUACAUGAUGAUACACAUCAACAUAACUCGAAGAUUAAAUGUAUAAUGACAAAAUCCCAUAUUGCCCAUACUUAUCUUCAAGAGCAUGGAUGAUAGUGUAUAAUAUUAUCAUAGAUUGUAAAUAGUUCCAUAUUAACCGGACGGAAUGAAAUGAACGGUAAACUGUGAAUAUAUAUCGCUAUCACUAUAAAUCAUGCAAAAUAAAUUGUUCCAUUACAUUUAUGUUUCCGUGAACAAAUAUAGCAUUAUUAGCUGUUGAUAAUAUUAACCUUUUACCAGAAAAAUACUUUUUUAAUAUAACAUAAAUUCUGAGUUGCCAAACAAUCCUGCAUUAUGAUCCAUAGUAAAUUAUCAUGGCUUGAGCGAUUUAUUAGUAAUCUCACAGCCUAAUAACAAUACACAUAGACCCAAAAUAAUGUCAGGCUAGCAAGUCCAAGCUUAUUCAUAAGGGCAAUAAGAAAGAUGGUAAACACUCCAUAUCAUCUAUAGAGGGGUAAAAUACCCUAUAUAAAAUUAGCUUAAUAUUCAAUGGCUAGAGGUGAUAAAUAGCUGACUCAUAUAUCUGAAAAGAAAGAAACGGUCCCCAAUCUUAAGGGAACAUAAACCCAGUCAAGACAAAAAACAUAAAUGGUUCCCAAUUUAAUUUUAAUAUGUUGUUCAGCAUUUAGUCCUAAAAUUAAAAGAGGCAAAAGGACAGCUUCUUUCUCCUUUCUGGCUUUUAUAGAUCAAAAAUACUCAAUACAAUCUAAUGUCCUGGAAACAAAACGGCAACAGAUAUUGUCAAUUUAAAGUGACCGUAUACUAUGAGAAUAUGAAUCCUAAUAAAUAGAAUUACACUUAUAUUGUUUUAAUCGGAGUUCAUAAAUAAUUCCCAACUUAUUAUUCACAAAGCGUUCGACAUUCAAUCCUGCAAUCAAAUGGGGCACUAAAACAGCUUCCCUCUAUAUCAAAAACCUUUAUAUACCCUAAAAUGGGCAGCAAUGGGCAUGAAUUGACAUGGACCCUAAGGAAUAAAGAAAUUAAUACUUCCCCUAUGUGCUUAAUUUAUUUACAAAAUUAUAUAAAUAUACAAACAAGCGCUCAAUUAGUAUGAUGGUGAACUAGUCAGAAAUAAACAAAGAAUAUGAGAAACCUUCAUUAAGGCCCAAAGGAGACAAUGUCUUCAAUUUAUAAAUCCAAUAACUCUCUCGUAAGAGUUUUUUGUCUAUGUCUCCUUUUCUUGGUCCCAUUUUAAUUUUUUCAAUUCCAUUAAAUCUUAAAGCCUGCGCCGAACCGCCAUGUUGGACUUUCAGAUGUCUCAAAAUUGGUGUAUCUGUUUGUCUGGUCGGAUUUACAGAGUUUACAUGCUCUAAAAUACGGGUUUUAAAUGGUCUAAAAGUCUUACCAACGUAUUUUGAAUUGCAGCUACAGGUAAUAAGAUAAACCAGUCCCUCUGUCUGGCAAUUAAAAAAGGACUUUGUUAUAAAGGAUUCUGAAUUAGUUGAAUUGGAAAAAGUUUUAGAUUGUUUCUUAAUAUAUUUACACGCUUUACAGCGACCACAUUGAUAAGUCCCCACUGCGGAGGAUUUUAGCCAUGUAUUCGUCACUUUAUUAGUGGUCAAAUGACUAGGUACCAGGAUAUCUCUGAGGUUUCAACCCCUUCUUGCUGUAAGAGAAACAUGGGGAGUCAACACCUCUUUUAAAUGUAUAUCCUGGUACAAUAAUGGCCAAAACCUUUCUACCUUAAGCAUUAAACUAUCUGGCAAUGGGAAGGUAUGGCUCUCUCCAGUUAGUUUAACCUAAAUUGUUGGUAAGACUUUUGCGCAAAUCCUUUUCACCUGCAACAAUCUUAUUCACUUCCUGUUAAUUUACAGCCCUACAAACCAACCCAUAUCAGAAUUAUGUUACUGACCAAUUUGUUCAGGUGUAGAUUAACAAGAAUUUAAUUUGUGUUUGUUGUAGUUGAAAAGGAUUUCUGCACAAGGUCUAAUAUUAGUUGAUUACAAAUUAUUUAGUGAUUAUACCCCUCUAGGACUGAGUGCUGGAGACUGGGAAGGCAAUUUUAAUAAACUGAAACCAUUGCCAUGUUUGCAGAAGCCAGUUUUUAAACAUGUGACAGAGCUGACUUUCUUUCUGAAAAUCAUAGGUGUUUUUUUUUUUUUUUUUAAAUUACCCCAUUCUGAGGUUGACAAUAUCUGCAUGAUUUAUAUAUUUAGUUGCAUCCACAUAAUUUAUUGCCUGUGAUUUUGAACAAUUGUGCCUUAUAAUAAUAAUAAGCACUCUAUUGGGUAUAGUCUUUCAUACUAAAAUGUCACACACUAGACAUGUACAGAUGUAAGAUUUGUUUUGUCCAUAAACUACUCAGUUUGUAUGAAUCAAAAUCAUUUUAAUUCAUGCAUGAAUGAAUUGAUUUGUCCAGAAAAUAAAUUAAUGGCUUAAUUCCGAUGUGGCUUAAAAGAAGUUUGAUUUGGAUGACUUGAUUUGUUUAUGAACGCAAGACAUAUUUGCACAAGUCUAAUGCACACCCACUGGUAUGUUGUCUGUAUUUGACUAAAGUUUGUACUUUAACUAUCUUCAGAUCUUUUUGAAAACGGAGGCUCGGAAGCCAGGCUAUAUAGAGUUGGCUCUACAGGCAUACCAAGAGUCUAAAAUCAGCACGGCUUCAUCGUGACAAUGCUGCUGAUGUUUGUCUGAAAGAUUUGUAUUCAUAGAGAAGCAGACCUUACUUGUCAUGAAUUUACACCAAAGAGGCUGGACUGGGUUGUUUUGCAUCCAACAAUGAAUGUGUAACUGUUUAGUUACGCUGCCUAUUCUGGAGUCUGACAGUGACUGGUAUUGCCUAUGCCCUCUGUAUCUGUAAGGAAAGCCCACGUGUGGUCCUUGGUUAUAAAUUGACUGUUAUCAAAUAACAUUAUCAUCUAUAUCUUCCAUUUCUAAUAAAAUGUUUACACUAAAAAUAUGGUUCUUUUCUUGUCUCGGUUCACUAAUUUUCUAAACUCAAAGGAAAUUUAAAUUCAAAGAAACAUUCCAUUGCCCUACAACACAAGGCUAAAAAUUGUCAGUCAGUUGUGAACAGAUAUGUAAUGCCCAAUUCUUACAGUACAGCAAAAUAAAGGCCUGUGUAUUUAUGUCCAUGUAUAAGUGGGGUAAUAAUUGUCUCCACAGGCUCGGGUAUGUCCUUUAAAAAUAAAAAAAUAUAUAUUAAAUGCAUACAUCAUGUGACCAAAAACCAUGCAGGUAAGUGUGUCAGGUAAAUGUGUGUCAACGCUGACAUCAUGUGUAAGCGCAAAGCAUCCACAAAAUGUAUGGAGACAAUUUCACACUUUCAUAUGGUGUCAGCAGAUUAAUUGUGCUUAUAACUAAACUUGUCCACCCCUAUUAGCAAGGGUAAGCCAGUAAAGAUACUGAAAAGGAGCAUUAUAAUACACACAGAGCUAAAAUACUUGUAAUUUUUAGUAAGAGUUUCCACUAACCACAUGUACAGACUGAAAGAACCCUCUCCAAAAUAUUGGUUUUAUUCUUGUAUUUCAUGUUGGUUGCGAUUUAAGUUAAAUAUCUUCACUUGGGGGGCAGAGCUUGACCGCAAAGCCGAGCAGACACGUGGGAAGCAGGCUUCUGCACUUUCGGUCAAAAACUGGGAGAUCCCCAGAGCAAUCAGCUUGUACACGAUAUUGUGCUCUUACCACCCUGGGGGUAACUUGCUGUGCCGAAAGAUACCUUACUCGGACUGCUCCGCAACAGAGAGCCUGCAACACUGAACUGAGGCCUACUAGCAACAGAGCUCAGGAGAGACAACCACUCUCCUUGCUCCAAAGAAUAAGUAUCUAGUCUGCCACACUCCUACCCCUCCCCCUGGACUGGUGUGAGUUAUCCCGGUCCCCACUGGCCCGCAACCCAUAGUCUUUCAAAGUACAGAGGAUAACACCAGCUUGUAAAGCGACUGCCAAAUCCAAGAUGGCGGACGCGCCUACGCUUGAUCCCAGGGACCUGAUGCAGCAAUUUACUGACACCUUUGGCUACUUAAGCUGCUCAAUGAUCUCGCUGGAAGCUAUAUUUGAAAAGGUUUGGGCCAAGCUGAGGGAACGCAUGGUAACCCCCACUUACCCGGCCCACAAAGGGGAAUCAGAGGAAAGAGCAGGGAAAGCCCCCUUCAGACACCAGCAUCUUUUACACUCCUGUCUCACCCACUGUAUGCCUUCCUGGACUGAGGGCCACCAAGGGCUUGCCCCGGAAACACCGUCCACGUAAGCAGAGUCCCGCCAGACCAUCACAAAGACUUGGACUCACAUAGCCCCCAAAUAAACCUGACGCACGUUUCGGUGUGCUUAUGAAGCACCUUUGUCAGGGGCUGAAUCCAUACUGACCGGCGGGUCCCUCUUAUAAGUACAUGCACUUGCUGCAAAAGUAUGUGUGCACCAAUCAGAAGGCAGAAAAAUUGGCGCCAAAGUGCCGGUAUUUUCUUAUGUUAAUGAGGUUUACGAGCAGUCCAAUCGGAUAUCUGCUCAGGAUUAAGCAAAGAAGCUCAUUGCUAAUUGGCGCCAAAAAGGUGCCGGUAUUCCCGCAUAUUAACAGGGUUAAUUAGGCAAAAAGCUCGAUGCUAAUUAGUGUCUAGAAUUAACCCCUCAUGGGGAGGUACGUUAUAGCCUUCGUAGCAAUCUAACAUACAAUCAUCAGAUACAUGAUGAUACACAUCAACAUAACUCGAAGAUUAAAUGUAUAAUGACAAAAUCCCAUAUUGCCCAUACUUAUCUUCAAGAGCAUGGAUGAUAGUGUAUAAUAUUAUCAUAGAUUGUAAAUAGUUCCAUAUUAACCGGACGGAAUGAAAUGAACGGUAAACUGUGAAUAUAUAUCGCUAUCACUAUAAAUCAUGCAAAAUAAAUUGUUCCAUUACAUUUAUGUUUCCGUGAACAAAUAUAGCAUUAUUAGCUGUUGAUAAUAUUAACCUUUUACCAGAAAAAUACUUUUUUAAUAUAACAUAAAUUCUGAGUUGCCAAACAAUCCUGCAUUAUGAUCCAUAGUAAAUUAUCAUGGCUUGAGCGAUUUAUUAGUAAUCUCACAGCCUAAUAACAAUACACAUAGACCCAAAAUAAUGUCAGGCUAGCAAGUCCAAGCUUAUUCAUAAGGGCAAUAAGAAAGAUGGUAAACACUCCAUAUCAUCUAUAGAGGGGUAAAAUACCCUAUAUAAAAUUAGCUUAAUAUUCAAUGGCUAGAGGUGAUAAAUAGCUGACUCAUAUAUCUGAAAAGAAAGAAACGGUCCCCAAUCUUAAGGGAACAUAAACCCAGUCAAGACAAAAAACAUAAAUGGUUCCCAAUUUAAUUUUAAUAUGUUGUUCAGCAUUUAGUCCUAAAAUUAAAAGAGGCAAAAGGACAGCUUCUUUCUCCUUUCUGGCUUUUAUAGAUCAAAAAUACUCAAUACAAUCUAAUGUCCUGGAAACAAAACGGCAACAGAUAUUGUCAAUUUAAAGUGACCGUAUACUAUGAGAAUAUGAAUCCUAAUAAAUAGAAUUACACUUAUAUUGUUUUAAUCGGAGUUCAUAAAUAAUUCCCAACUUAUUAUUCACAAAGCGUUCGACAUUCAAUCCUGCAAUCAAAUGGGGCACUAAAACAGCUUCCCUCUAUAUCAAAAACCUUUAUAUACCCUAAAAUGGGCAGCAAUGGGCAUGAAUUGACAUGGACCCUAAGGAAUAAAGAAAUUAAUACUUCCCCUAUGUGCUUAAUUUAUUUACAAAAUUAUAUAAAUAUACAAACAAGCGCUCAAUUAGUAUGAUGGUGAACUAGUCAGAAAUAAACAAAGAAUAUGAGAAACCUUCAUUAAGGCCCAAAGGAGACAAUGUCUUCAAUUUAUAAAUCCAAUAACUCUCUCGUAAGAGUUUUUUGUCUAUGUCUCCUUUUCUUGGUCCCAUUUUAAUUUUUUCAAUUCCAUUAAAUCUUAAAGCCUGCGCCGAACCGCCAUGUUGGACUUUCAGAUGUCUCAAAAUUGGUGUAUCUGUUUGUCUGGUCGGAUUUACAGAGUUUACAUGCUCUAAAAUACGGGUUUUAAAUGGUCUAAAAGUCUUACCAACGUAUUUUGAAUUGCAGCUACAGGUAAUAAGAUAAACCAGUCCCUCUGUCUGGCAAUUAAAAAAGGACUUUGUUAUAAAGGAUUCUGAAUUAGUUGAAUUGGAAAAAGUUUUAGAUUGUUUCUUAAUAUAUUUACACGCUUUACAGCGACCACAUUGAUAAGUCCCCACUGCGGAGGAUUUUAGCCAUGUAUUCGUCACUUUAUUAGUGGUCAAAUGACUAGGUACCAGGAUAUCUCUGAGGUUUCAACCCCUUCUUGCUGUAAGAGAAACAUGGGGAGUCAACACCUCUUUUAAAUGUAUAUCCUGGUACAAUAAUGGCCAAAACCUUUCUACCUUAAGCAUUAAACUAUCUGGCAAUGGGAAGGUAUGGCUCUCUCCAGUUAGUUUAACCUAAAUUGUUGGUAAGACUUUUGCGCAAAUCCUUUUCACCUGCAACAAUCUUAUUCACUUCCUGUUAAUUUACAGCCCUACAAACCAACCCAUAUCAGAAUUAUGUUACUGACCAAUUUGUUCAGGUGUAGAUUAACAAGAAUUUAAUUUGUGUUUGUUGUAGUUGAAAAGGAUUUCUGCACAAGGUCUAAUAUUAGUUGAUUACAAAUUAUUUAGUGAUUAUACCCCUCUAGGACUGAGUGCUGGAGACUGGGAAGGCAAUUUUAAUAAACUGAAACCAUUGCCAUGUUUGCAGAAGCCAGUUUUUAAACAUGUGACAGAGCUGACUUUCUUUCUGAAAAUCAUAGGUGUUUUUUUUUUUUUUUUUAAAUUACCCCAUUCUGAGGUUGACAAUAUCUGCAUGAUUUAUAUAUUUAGUUGCAUCCACAUAAUUUAUUGCCUGUGAUUUUGAACAAUUGUGCCUUAUAAUAAUAAUAAGCACUCUAUUGGGUAUAGUCUUUCAUACUAAAAUGUCACACACUAGACAUGUACAGAUGUAAGAUUUGUUUUGUCCAUAAACUACUCAGUUUGUAUGAAUCAAAAUCAUUUUAAUUCAUGCAUGAAUGAAUUGAUUUGUCCAGAAAAUAAAUUAAUGGCUUAAUUCCGAUGUGGCUUAAAAGAAGUUUGAUUUGGAUGACUUGAUUUGUUUAUGAACGCAAGACAUAUUUGCACAAGUCUAAUGCACACCCACUGGUAUGUUGUCUGUAUUUGACUAAAGUUUGUACUUUAACUAUCUUCAGAUCUUUUUGAAAACGGAGGCUCGGAAGCCAGGCUAUAUAGAGUUGGCUCUACAGGCAUACCAAGAGUCUAAAAUCAGCACGGCUUCAUCGUGACAAUGCUGCUGAUGUUUGUCUGAAAGAUUUGUAUUCAUAGAGAAGCAGACCUUACUUGUCAUGAAUUUACACCAAAGAGGCUGGACUGGGUUGUUUUGCAUCCAACAAUGAAUGUGUAACUGUUUAGUUACGCUGCCUAUUCUGGAGUCUGACAGUGACUGGUAUUGCCUAUGCCCUCUGUAUCUGUAAGGAAAGCCCACGUGUGGUCCUUGGUUAUAAAUUGACUGUUAUCAAAUAACAUUAUCAUCUAUAUCUUCCAUUUCUAAUAAAAUGUUUACACUAAAAAUAUGGUUCUUUUCUUGUCUCGGUUCACUAAUUUUCUAAACUCAAAGGAAAUUUAAAUUCAAAGAAAC